AUGUCCGAUAAAGAAGUCCGAACAUCAUCACCACCAAAUUCAUCAAAUACGCCCCCAAUAGAACUCGAUGUUGAAACUUUAACAAAAGAACAUGACAAACCACUCAAACCCACUUUUACAUUAAAACCAUCAUACACUGUCGAUGUUCUCAAUAAGUCCACCCCCGUUCGAUUGGCUAAAACAAAAAGUGUUUUAGACACUUCGCUCAUGCCAACAACACAAACAACAAGUAUUUCAUUGUUGCCCAAUGAGAGUUCGACCGAUGAAGAUGACCGCCCGAUAGCUCAGAGUCGACAAAGCCCAACAAAAGCAGUGGAAUUAGACGAUGUCGUGUCCGAGUCCAAACUUGAGAAUUCAAGUCGGGAACAUAACAACUUGCUUGUGACAUACAAACACAUGAAAAACAGAGCAAUUAUGAGGAAAGUUGGAAUAGUGUUUUCAAAUACUUCUCGAGGGUUUCCCUAUAUCACCUUCAUCAUUCUCUUUAUGAUCUUUAUAGUGUAUACAUUAGUGGCAACACUUGUGUUAAAGCGUACGAAAGACUGUGCGAUGGAGUAUUUAGUCUUUUUACUGAUUGGGACUGUUUGUGUAUUCUCGUGUCAGUACGUCUCGCCGUUGGUCCACACACUUAUCUUUGAAUUUGACAUUGCGUGUUAUCCCUUUUUUGUGAUACCCCCUAAGGCAGUGUAUUAUGUUGUGUAUUUGUGCUCUGCGCUUGGGUUGUUUGUGGUGACUAUACUGAUCUUUUUGUGUUACGACAGAGUGAAAAACAUUCUCAUUAAGCUUCUUGGUAUCAAAGAAGUGUCUGAAAUCGUCAAACAUGUGACUAAACUCGGGCAAGUACAAUAUAUCAUACAAGACGGAUAUUCGCAAAUGACAUUGGAAGGGAAAUUUGAAGAUGGGCUUGCAAGCGGAUAUUGCACGUGGAUCGACUCAGCGGAGCAAGGAGAGUUCUUGUGUGGGAAUUGGGAGAAUGGGCUACCUGUUGGUCCUUUUGAGUCGACUGAGAACAACUCGCGGACUAUGAUGAAGAACGUGCGAGUCUUAUUUGCGACAGAUGCGGAUGGGAAAAUGUGGUCAUCGCGAUCACAGCCAUCAGUAGGAGUUUCUGGUGUUGAGUGUAUUAUCUCUGGGAAUUAUUAUUCGGUGUAUCCCAAGACUAAUAUGAUAGUAACACAAACAGUAUGUGAGUGUGGACAGAUAUGCAAGUGUUUCAAAAAGAUCAUGCAAAAUGGGAGUUACAUUUCUAAUAGCAAGACAAGCUCGAAAACGUCAAUAACAAUUUCAGUUGAUAAAAACUCGAAGAAUUUGUAUGUGUCUGGAUAUCGUCCUUUAAGCGAUGGAAAACAUGUGGAAGUCAAAAUCAAAAGAGACCAAGAGAUGCCAUAUUUAGAAUUGGUGAAUGAUUGGUCUCUCUUAAGUAUUAACUCUGAAAUGGAAGGGUUAGUGUACAUCCAUUCAUAUGGCAUGUCUUUAACAGACGCAUUGAGUAAAUUUGGACAACUCCUUGCACUUGGCAAUUUCCCAGAACAUGUCGUGCCAAUUUGCUUUAACUGGCCUUCGGGGAAACACAGCUUUUCAAAACACAAAAAGGCACAGGAGAUGACCGACAAUUUGUUCCUUCAAAACGACUUUGUGUGGUUGUUACAGUCGCUCUAUCAGGCUAAGUUCAGACGCAUUCACAUCUUGUGCCAUGGCAUUGGAGGAAUGUUUUUACUCAAAUGUUUUUCGGCGAUUCAGGUUCUCUUCUCCGCUUUUAACGCAAACGACGACAACUUAAUGAGUUUUGUCAAUUUGAUUCUGAUGAACUGCGACUACCCACUCAAUAAUUUCAGAGAGAAGUAUAACACCGUUAAAAUGACUGUGCAGCGUACCACCGUGUACUCCGACAAUAGAGAUAAAGUCCUCAAAAUAUCAGAGAAGUUCACAAAGGAAAAGACAUUGGGGCACUAUACAGAGCCUUUGUGUGACGAUGAUGGAAAAGAACUUGAACGGCUUGAAUUGAUAGAUACGGGUGAUUUGGAGAGAAAUGACGAUGGCAGUAAUCAUGGCUUUUUCAAUGUGAAUAAGAUGAUGGUCGAUGACCUGUUUGAGCUUGUUGGGCAGAACAAGGGAGCUAUUAAUCGAUCGUCCCAUCUGUUGAAGGAAAAGGACAACAAGUAUCGAUUCUCCUUAUUGCCCAAAUCAGUGACAAUGGUUUAA